AUGGAUGAGCCGCACCAAGGCAGGCCAAAUUAUCAACCCAGCCCGGGCCGUGUACCUGUGCGAUUCCGAGGUCACUGCCGCGCCGCCGCGGGUUGCUGCACGGUCCCUGGGCGGUUCCCUGUGGGCGGCGCGCGUGCAGUGGGCGACGACAGCCGGUACCAGGAGCAUACCUGGGCGGUACGUCGUCGGAGACAAGCUCAGCUUAGUGCAUGUCUGCAGGACUGCAAAAGGUGCAUCGCAGCUGAUCGCCAGGCCAUCGCCAAUCGGCACCACGACCGCCCGUCAAAAGGGCUAGAAGCUGCGACCUGGCGCUUGGACUGCACCGCCCAGAGUCCCAGAAUCCCAGAGUCCCAGAGUCCCAGCAUCCCAGAAUCUCUCCAAGCGCUGGGACCGUCCAGAGCAAAGGCCAUCUCGCCACGCUCUCCGGGCAGCCUGAACCUACAAGUAUCUGCAGUAUGCCAUGGUGGCCCCUUGGCACUGGCCCUCUUCUCCUCGUCCCAUCGCAUCGCAUCCCGGUCAGCCAAACCAAUCAAAGAGCCACUGCUGAAGGAACAAACCCUCCCCGCUGGUCUGUAUUGGGGCGGACCGAGUCCCCAGCCGCUUGGAAGCGCGAGAAGGGGUCCGAGUCUGCCCAAGUGGCGUCCGGGAUGCUCGACCCCUGGCCGGCGUGUCUUUUUGGUCUUUGGGGGAGCCACCCAACGUUGCCCGCACCGCUGGCUCUUCUCUCCACGCCGAGAGGCCACUAAACAAGUGGCUACGGGUCAAAGACUCAGGGAGCACGAGCACGUCCCGGGGCCUGUGACGAUGGCUGCUGCACACUGCUGAGGGGAGAGCGGCAUUGAGCUCUUUGGCUCUGUAUGCAUUACUGACCACCGUGGUGUGUAGUACAUGCUAACAAGCCCCAUAAGCUGCAGGUGCUUGCACGGGCAUCUUACUGUACUGCGGAUGAGAGAAGACGAGACUGAUGCGGUUCGCGUUACGUUAUGCUGGCAGAUAAGGCUCUUGGACUGCGUGCAGCUCAGCGGGCUAACCAGAGCUCGGGUGCUGCUAGCGACCUGUAGCGUCAGACCUUGCACGUCCUGGUGCCAUUAGGCGCCCUGUCGACUCGAGUGGCGACGGUAGCCACAGCGGUGCUUCUUUAUACGGACGAGGUUGCGGAUAUCGCAAAUCGGGAUGCUAGCCGCGACGUGCUAAAAGAGGCCCCGGUAGCGCGCACUGGCGGAAUGGAGCUCGUCGCUCGUCCUGCAGUAGGUGCCUUGCCGCAAUCAGUGGGUGGCGCUCCAACACGGAUGCCAAAGCUGCUGUUACAGGUCAAGUGGUGUUUCUGGUGUGCUGCAGUGAUAACAUACCUGGCUCAUUCUUACUACAGACAUGCUG